AUGAGCUUCAAUCUGCCGCAGAACGUGCCCGACUUUUCGACCCAGGUCCGCAAGGCCGAGGACUCGGUCUGGACGCGCGCAACGGGCUCGUCGGCGGCCUUGCGCGGUGGUCGACGGCUGCCGUCGAGCGAUCUGCCAAUGUACAAGGACAAGCCUCAGCGACGGGCUGGCAAGGGCUCGCGAUGGACCGGUGUCAUCUUUUUGUUUGGAGUGCUUGUCGUGAUGUUUAUCUUUGUCACGAGCGCGUCGGAUUCGGAUGAGACCGAGGAAGGUGGUUCGUGGUCGCUGUUCGGGGGCAGCAAGAGCUCGGGCGCGCUGUCGUCGAAGGCGAAGCAGGCGCUGAUUAAGGAAGCGUUUGUCGAGUCGUGGGAUGACUACGCAAAGCAUGCGCUUGGAAAGGAUAUUUAUCAUCCGAUUUCGAAAAAAUCCCGAAACAUGGCGCCGGAGGGACUUGGGUGGAUCGUGGUCGACUGUCUGGACACGAUGAUGCUCAUGAACCUCGAGGAGCCGCUGAAGACGGCGCGAUCGUGGGUCGAGCACAAUCUGACGUACGAUCAGGAUUAUGCAGUCAACACGUUCGAGACGACGAUCCGCAUGCUCGGCGGGUUGCUCUCUGCGCACUACAUGUCCAACUACGACGAUCUCUAUCUCGAGAAAGCGGUCGAUCUCGCGAACCGGCUGAUUGGCGCGUUCGAGUCGCACUCGGGGGUGCCGUACGCGAGCGUGAAUCUGCAUACGAGCGUGGGCGUCAGUUCGCACGACGACAUGGGCGCGAGCAGCACGGCAGAGGUGGCGUCGCUGCAGCUCGAGUUCAAGUACGUGGCCAAGCUCACGGGCGAGGCGCUUUAUUGGGAAAAAGCCGAGCAGGUCAUGAAGGUGAUUGACGAGAACCAUGCGCGGGAUGGGCUUGUGCCGAUUUUCAUCAGGCCCGACACGGGAAAGUUCCAGGGAGCGAAUAUUCGACUGGGCUCGCGCGGGGACUCGUACUAUGAGUAUUUGCUGAAGCAGUACUUGCAGACCUACAACAAGGAGACUGCUUAUCGAAAGAUGUACGAUGAGGCCAUGACAGGGGUGAAGAAGCGCCUGGUGCAAAAGUCGAAACCGAACGGGUUCACGUUCGUAGCCGAGCUCGACCACGGGUGGGAUAAUCCGACGCUGCCAAAGAUGGACCAUCUCGUGUGCUUUCUGCCGGGAAAUCUCGCUCUGGGGUCUACGAACGGACUACCGCUGAAGAUGGCGCAGCGAACGAGUUGGACGGCGCAGCAGGCGUCAGAUCUAAAGCUGGCAAAGGAGCUGAUGCGGACGUGCUACGAGAUGUAUGCGGUGACCAAGACCGGGAUUGCACCAGAGAUUGCGUUUUUCAACACGGACGAUAGCAGUACGACUGAUAUUACAAUCAAGUGGCAGGACUCGCACAACUUGCAGCGACCAGAGACGGUGGAGUCGCUGUUUAUCAUGUGGCGGAUCACGAAGGAUCCGAUUUAUAGGGAGUGGGGAUGGAAUAUCUUUGAGGCGUUCCGCAAGUACGAGAGGGUGUUGGAUGGGAACGGGUAUUGCUCUUUAGAGAGUGUGAACGAGAUCCCGCCGCGGUUCAGAGAUAAUAUGGAGUCGUUUUGGUUGGCCGAGACUUUAAAGUAUCUGUACUUGUUGUUUGAGGACGAUGAUACGGUGUUGCCGCUUGAUAAGGUUGUGUUCAACACGGAGGCGCACCCGUUCCCAAAGUUCAAGAUGGAGCCGCUGUUCAAGACGGGAUGGGAGAGGACCGAGAAGAGCGCCGAGGAGGUUAAAAGGAGUGUGGAGGAGGCUAUUUUUGAGAAGAAGGAGGAGCUCAAGAUUCCAGAGGAUCCGAAGGCGAGUGAGGGUGGGAGUGAGGGUGAGGGUGAGAGUGAGAAUGUUGUGUAA